AUGUCGGCCGCCGUGGCUUGCAUGGACUACUUCGCAGCCGAGUGCCUGGUGUCUAUGUCCACCGGACCCGUGCUGCACAAUCGCGCAACGAACCCCGAGGGAGCGGGAGCCGCAGCUGUCUCCGAGGUGGGUGCGGUGCCACGGGAGUCGGCGGGGACGGGUUCCGGGACACGGGGGGUGCUGUGGAUCCCCCCGGUCCUCCAGAUCUCCUCCCCUAGCCCUGACGAGGGCGAUGGAGCCCCCCACCUGCUGGCUGCGAGCGCUUUGGCGGAUCUAAGCUGCGGUGCCCGGGAAGGCUCCUGGGAGACCUCUGGAGAAGUCCCGUGUGCCUCAACUAGCUGCUGUGAGCCGACCUGGUGCUCCAUCCCCACUGGGUGCUCCGAGCCGGUCCCGGCCUUCUUGGAGGAGGAGUUAUCCGGAGCUGAGAGCUCCUGCGGUGAGCCUGCCAUCCUGAAUGCACCUGAUGCCCAAGAAGACCCCGAUGACAGCGGAGAGGGGCCCGAGGGGCCCGAGGGGCCCCCAGGGGCCCACCCCUCGCCGGCAAUGGGCCCGACGUUCCGGAGAAGGCCGAUUACACCCGCAUCCAAGCGACAUCAGUGCGCCUUCCCGGGUUGCAACAAAGCCUAUUACAAGUCUUCGCACCUCAAGUCACACCAACGCACCCACACGGGGGAACGCCCCUUUUCCUGCGACUGGCUCGACUGCGACAAGAAGUUUACGCGUUCUGACGAGCUGGCCCGCCACUACAGGACGCACACCGGUGAAAAGCGCUUCUCCUGCCCGCUGUGCCCCAAGCAGUUCUCCCGAAGCGAUCACUUGACCAAGCAUGCCCGUCGCCAUCCGACUUACCAUCCUGACAUGAUCGAGUACCGGGGGCGUCGUCGCACCCCCCGCCCCGCGCCACAACCCCCAGCCAUGGCGGAAAGCUCUGGUUCCGACUCCAGCUCUGGCUCUGGCCAGGAGACCAGCUUCACUGCUUGA